AUGAACUGGACGGGAGGCCGCCUGCAACGGCACUCCCACAAAAGCCAUAAAUUUCUAAAGACUAUUCAGAAGCAAUAUUUUGCAAAAGCCAGACUGAAGGCCCAGAAAAGACUGAGCAAUGGACCAUCUACACCCCCUGCUGGAUCGUUGCUAUCACGGCACCUGCAUGGGAGGGUAUCCCCGCAACAAAUGAGAGAAAGAUUCAACCGUUAUAAAGCACACGAAAGUCGACACCUUAUAUGUAAGGGCAAAAACGUGUCUUCGCACCAUCACCAUUCAAACGAGACAAUAUUUUCUCCAUCAAAUCCAUCCCUCGAUCAGAGCCAUGGCUCGCAAACCAGCAGGCUCCAAAAUUCUAGCUUGAAUGCUCCAGCUCAAUAUCCACAAUUAAACGACCCUUUCUCGCUACAGCAGCACAGGAAGCUCCAGGCUGAAACUCCAGAGGCACAAAGUUUUGAAGACCUUCGACAAAAGCUGCUAAAAAGAAAGGAUUGGGUUAAUUUAUCCAUUGCCCGACCACUCAGAAUAAGCCGGUUCCUCAAGAGCAACAGACAUGUUGAAAACUUGGCAAAAAGACGCCAUCGCGUCCAGCAGGAAAUGGAUGAUCAUAUACUAAACCAAGACGCAGAGUCGGAUGCGGACAUUGAAGCAGGAACGAUGCUCGACUCUCCUAGCAAUUGUCUGGACUGCAACGGCCUGGACAUGGACUUCUCGGACAGACCCAAUUCAAACAGCGACGUUAUCCAUGCUAAUACUCAUGGUAUACCAACUUCAACUUACAAUCUAGGGAUCAACGGUAAAAACAUUUCACAACUAAAGUUGGGACUGGAAAUGGAGAUGUUGAGAGCAAAGGGGCUCGACUCACAGAAACUUUAUCCUGAGAGAAGCUCGCCUACAAACGGCGUUUCAUAUGAGCCAUACCGAAGAGGAAGCGUAGAUGUUGAACUCCCGAUCAUGUUUGAGACAUCUAGGCGUCAUAUGUUUCUGGAUCACCAAAAGCAUAAUCCUUCCAGUCUAAGGCCCCCCCUUCCGGCUGGCCCUAGCGAUUGCCGACGAUGUAGCUCGGCGGCGGUGCAUUGUCACACUAGAGAGGAUAUCUUUAUUGGCCACCUAUCCAAUUAUGGGUCUGUCCUUAAAAGCGACUCGCACUCUCAAAGCCAAGAUCCGUCAGAAUCAAUGCUUCUCGAUAACGAGGAAAUCUAUAUCAGUACGCCAAUAGAAACGGAAUUGAGGAAUAACAAACAGCAUCGCCCCCAGGCUACCUCAUCUAAUGGCGAUAGGGGUUCGACCCUCCACCAAGGACAGUACAGCAGUCCGCCCAUGUCGGAUAUCCAAAGUCAUUCAAGCACUUUUAAUCAGCUAGACGUCGAUCAGUCAUCUUCGUCAGUAGGACAAUUGGGUAGCCUCAAUAACACGGAAGCUGUGGACACUCGAAAGCACAGGAGUACCCGGGUUAGAUCCCCAAAUGCCCCGAAAAACCCGAAUCCACCGCGGAAUCAAACUGCGGUGCCAGCAAACCACCCUCGACUCCCCUCUCCAGAGUUGCAAAUGCAAUACUGCAUGCAUCCUGAAAGGUUCCCAGAUGACAGCCUAAGAUACCACGUUCCAAAUCCCUACAGCAGCUCUAAUACAUCUGCUGUUUCUGAUUCCGAUUCCUUUGACGACCAGUCAGAGUUGCGUAUCAGAAGAGACCCAAGCUUUGUGCUCAACCACUCAACGAGGGAGAAGAGUACGCCUGCCAGCUUGGGAUCACAGGAUUUUCUUUCGUCACCUAAUCGACGUGAGGGCACAGAGCGUGGCAGCUCCCCCAAGGAUAAACAUGGUAUUACGGGCCACUAUCAAUGUUCUUCAACACCCCCGACAAGAUUGGGCUCAAAAAAUUCCGCUGAACCGGAAGCUCCCGCUGUAAAGCCUCAAGGAAAUCGUGACCUUAAUGCAGCAAGGGACACCUACGCAGAUGAUUAUUUAUGGAAACGAUUCAUAUUUGGAUCGGUCUUGGGUAAUAGCCAACAGACCAGCGGUUACUCCAAACUUCCGUCCCCAGCACGCGUCGAGGCCAGCGAGCGAGCUAUUGCCGAUGGUCCUGCCUAUAUAAGGAGUCUGUCUGAGCCCAAUGAAUCUUGCAACGAAACACUCUCUCAUAUAGAAGCCACGCACUCGAUGUUCGUCCUCGACUCUGCAAAUUCGAAUGAUCAAGGGAUAGAAUCAGAUUCGUCUGGAUGUGAAGUUUCUUGCCAAGACGUGGUGGUAGGGAUCACUUGGAACCGUUUUUCACAUCAGAGCAAUUGUUCUGAAUAUGGUGAUAUCAUUAAUGGACCACUGGCUUCUCAAGAAGUGGUCGAUGAUAAUGAGAAUCUGAGAAUCUGA